AUGCUCAAGUUAGCAGUACUAGGGAUUCGAGGCUUCUUGCUUCUCUUCGGUGCAGUAGUACUAGGUCUUUCAGUGACUCUUGCGAAGCAACAAGUCGAAGGCGCCCCCCCUGCAGAAACUUCAUUUGGAAGCUUUUGCGGCGCAUUUGGUAUACUUGUCUCACUGAUAGGCAUUGCCGCCCUGUUCAUCGAUAAAAUUCCUAGCAUAGUACCAAUGGGAGCAGAUGGUCUUGCCACAGCGCUCUACCUUGCUGGUGCCAUUGCAUUGACAGUCGCUUUAAAGUCUGUGCCGAGCUGCACGAGUGAUGAUAGCGAGAGCAACUAUCAAAGGGCUAUCAACAAACUCCUGACUGGUGGUUGUGGGACCCUUGCCGAUAAAACUUACUGUCCAGGUUUACCUGAUGAUUUGAGUGAGUUGAAAGGUCGAUGUCAAAGAGUGCAGGCCGACUAUGUAUUCGAAUAUUUAGCCUUCGUUUUCGGAGUCGCCGUUGUCGCUUUGACAUUCUUCUAUAAUAAGAGCAAAGGAAGCAGAAGCGCAGCCUAUAAUGGCCUCAAGUGGUCUCGUGCUAUUCGAAUGAAUCAAAUCCAAGUCAUCGGUACACAUAAUCCUUAUCACAGAGAGUCGCCGUUAGAGGCGCGUGAAGCCUUCGAGCUUGACCUCUUCGCGGAUCCGGAGGGGGGCAAGUACGCGACGUCGCUCGUGAUUCGCAAUUCGGGAACUGAGCUGCCGCUACAGGACGCGAUGAACAAACCCGGCGUGAAGGUUCUCCAUAAGUGGUCUCAUGAACAUCCUAAUCAUGUGCCGAUCCUAUUUAUGUUAGAGUUCAAAACCCCUGAGACUGGGACCGGAGGUGGGGCUCCCCCUAUUCCGUGGAACGAUAGCGAGCUCUUGGAUGAUCUUGACGCUGAGAUUCGCUCCGUCUUCUCCCCAUCACAGCUUAUCACGGCGGACGAUGUCAGGCGCGAUAAUGGUACACUAGAUCAGUCUACAUCAAAGUACGAAUGGCCCGACUUGGACUUAGCCCGCGGUCGUGUUCUCUUCUUUAAUGGUGCCGGACGCCCGAACCUCGAAGGCCGCGUAAUUUUCACGAACUCGAAACCUGGGUACGACGACUGCGCGUUCCAGAAGCUGAAUGACCCACGGAAUGGGACUGAUCUAGAAAAUAUCUGGAGGCAAGUUCGCGCGGGCUACUGGGUACGUACGCGCGCGGAUAAGCUACUGACUACAAUUCUACGUAAUGAUACAACGUCCAUGCGCGACUCGGUUUUUGCUAGCGGCGCUCAAAUCGUCAGCACUGAAUUUCCGACCUACAGGCUAACUAGCCGCUGGCACGUUGACUACGCUGCGCGGUUUGACGUUGGAAUAGCUGUGCGGUGUAAUCCAAUUAUUGGGAAGGAUGAUUGCGUAAAUACGUUACUGGAGCCCGAGGAUUGUUUACGAAAUUAA